AUGGGAGCCAGUUGUAAGGAUCAACACAAGGCUGUUGCAGUCUGUUUGCAGAGAUCACCAUGUGUGAUGAUUGAAAGGCAUACUCCACAAGAGUGCUUUGAGGAUCCUGAAUUAAAGAAAGAGCUACCCCUACUAUGUAUAUCUCAGAUGAAAGCAUUCCUCGACUGCAAAAGAGGUAUGGUUGAUAUGACUAAAAGAAUUAGAGGUAAUGGACCUCUAUCUACUGGAAGAUAUGAUCAACAGUACGAUAAACUAUGUUCUGGUGAUUUUGAUCCUCGUGAAGAGCUGAAGAAGCUUGAACUUCUGGAUAACAACAAGAAGGAUUAG